AUAAAGAAAAAUUGUUAGUAUCAAACCCACACAUAAGACCAAAAAACAACAACAAUAGUAAUAUUAUUAAUAAUAAUGCACUGAAGGUGUAAGGCUGGUGCUCCUGGCAAACAUUACCCAGGGUGUAGUUAAAGACCAUCUACGGUGGCCAGUGUUGGCCAAAAUACCCAGAAAAUGUAAAUCAGUUCAAGGUAACUGUUGACUGGAUUAGAAAACUCUAUAACAGUCAAUGAGGGUAACGAGGAGCGGUGAUAACCCGGUUCGUAUGAAAACAGCGCAGGUAACUGACUGAUCAUUAUUCAUUUGCAGCAAUAGUUGGUUCCUGCUCCGUUGCAUGGUGGAUGCAGGCGGCCGGAUGAGUUUAACGGAGUGUUUCUGUUUGCUAGAAGAGCUAGCUGCAUGCUAACUUCCUGUCCUGUGUGUGGAUAUGGAGGACAAGAAUCAGCCGGAUCCAGAAGAACUGGAUCGGGCUAAAAUCUUCUGGGCCGAGAAGAAGGAUGUGGAUGAACUGUUCAACGAUGUGUUUGGAUACCUGGAGCACCUGAAGACCGUUUUGAAAAGUAGCACGGCAACAGAAAAAGAGUACCUUCAGGCCCUGAGGCUCCUGGAGAUCCUGGACUGCUCCCCCUCCUCCUGUCUUCAGGACCAGGACUCCUCUGUGGUUCAGGUGGUGAUCGGGUCGGGUGAGCUGCUGCCAGCAGACCUUCCUGAUCCCAGCCCCCCCUUUGCUCCGCCUGAGGAGUCCAGCAGCUGUGGGCGUCCCCCUGCUGGCAUAGAGGAGUUACUGCCUCCCCUGGUUCCCGUUCAACUGCAGUACCAGCCUCACCAAUGCUGCAAGGCGUGUCUGCCCUCACUACCCAGAAUGCCUCAGCCCACGCUGCCGUUCUGGGGCCAGAACCCACUCAAGGUGCCUUUGCUGUGCGGCUUCAAGAGGCUGAUGUCGCAGCCCGGAAGGGGCGGGUCCCCGAGUGGCGAGGAGGAGGAAGAGGAGGAGGAGGAGGCGGCCUGUGACGUCGUUUACAAGGCGCCGUGUGGUCAAAGUCUGCGCAGCUUUGAAGACGUGAUGCUCUUCCUGGUGGCGACGGAAAGCUACGACCUCCUGCAGGUCGACUUCUUCACCUUCAACCCCUCCGUUGAGUUGGACCCUCCCUCGGUAUCGGACGCUCAGAUCCUAAUCAAGGACCUCAGCCGGGGUUUGGAGCCGACGCCGGUGGAGCUGUGCGCCCCAAACGUCGGCUCUCGGCCCCCCGAGUUCCGCUACAGGAAGGACCGCUGGCCGCACGGCUGCUUCCUGAGCCAAGGCCCGACGCUCUUCAGCGCCUGCUGUGACUGCACAGACGGCUGCAGCGAUGCCCGGAGCUGUGCAUGUGUCGCCAUGACUACCAGGGGGCGGGGCUACAGCUACCGCCGUCUGCUACAGCCUGUGGAGUCGGGGCUGUUUGAGUGUGGACCGUGGUGCGACUGCGACCGCGCUCGUUGUCAGAACCGGCUGGUCCAAAGGGGCAUCAGGGCGCGGCUGCAGGUCUUCCAGACGGAGGACCGGGGCUGGGGCGUCCGCUGCCGCGAUGACCUGGACCGGGGCACCUUCGUGUGCAUCUACGCAGGCGUGGUCCUGCAGAAGGUGCUGAGCCCUGAUGAGCUGCCCCCGCCGAAGCUGACCAGAGCGGACCUCCCGUCCGACGAUGAGGUGGAGGUCGUGACGGAAUGGCGAGCCCCACCCGUCCUGGAGGAGCGCAGAAACCUAGUGGACACGCCUCCACCCUGCCCCAACGUCCCGGUGAUCCAGACGCCUGCAGAGGCCUCCGCUCCACCCCUGGACCAGCAGGUGCAGACGGUGGUGGUUGGAGGUCCAGACCUACUUUCUUCCUCCACAGGAGAUCGCACACAGCAAAUGAAGAUCCGCGUGACGACGGGCGGUCAGGCUGAGAACAGAACAAAGAGGGAGCAUCAGAGAGGUGUGAAGAGAGCCGCCAUCAUGGAGGGCGUUUGUUUUGUGGACGCCAGCAAGGAAGGAAACGUCAGCCGCUUCAUUAACCACAGCUGCCAGCCGAACCUGUUCAUCCAGAACGUCUUCAUCGACUCCCACGACCCCGUCUUCCCCGUUGUGGCCUUUUUCACCAGAAGGGCAGUAAAGGCUGGCACUGAGCUCACCUGGAACUACGCCGCCUACACACCUGGCCUCCCGCAGCAGAAACAGGAAGUGCCUUGUCUGUGUCGCAGUGAUAAGUGUCAACAAUGGCUGCUCAUUGACGAUGACGUUUCCUGUUUGUUAUACAACAACGAAAAUACUGGAAUGAAAACCCUGUGAUGCUUUUGGAUUCUUACUACUUCUUUUUUUUUUUGGAUAGAUUUGUAAUAAAUACUUUUGAAACAGAAA